AAUAGAACGAAGCGGCGCACGCGCUCAGUUGGCACCACCCGUUCACCCAUCUCCCGCCCGGUCGAGCCGCCCCGCCGCCGCCGCAUCUCCGUCGAUCUCCGCCGCCGCUUCCGUGGCCUUGAGCUCGGCGUAGCACGUCGCUUACGCAGCGAAGCUCCGCCUCUCGAGUCCGUUGCCGUCGAUCGUCCUCCUUUCGCGUCCAUGCAGGAGGAAGAAUCAGUGGAAGUAGGACUGGAGACGAUGAACGAAGGGGUUGAAGAAGGAGAAGAAGACGAGGCGGUGGAGGUGGAGGAGGAGGAGGAGGAGGCGUGGUCGUCGGAUUCGGAAAUCGACAGCGCUUUGGAAUGGCUGGACUUGAAAGACGGCGGGAAAGCAGCGGACGGAGCCUUCGCCCCCAAUUCGCGGCGUCCGAACGCUCACGGGGGGCUCCACGUGCCCGCCCGGUCGUCCGCGCUUCAGCCCCUGUCCAACCGGAGCCAGAAGCUCUCCACUCAUGUCCGCGCUUCGCCUCUGGAGGAGUGGGAGGGAAGGGUGAAUGUUGGCAUGUCUAGCACAGUGACAGCUUCAAUUCGAGAAAGUGUACGCGAUAUGGCUAUUGGCAAAAUUAAAAGUCAUGAGAAAGCUGACCGUGCAACUGUCGAGCAGGCCAUUGAUCAGAGGACUCGGAUGGUUCUCUUCAAGAUGCUGAACCGUCAAGUGUUUAAUGAUAUAAAUGGUUGCAUUUCCACUGGCAAAGAAGCAAAUGUCUAUCAUGCAACAAAAUCUGAUGGGCAAGAAUUGGCAAUCAAAGUCUACAAGACUUCAGUUCUGGUGUUCAAGGAUCGAGAUCGGUAUGUUCAAGGGGAUUUUCGGUUCAGACAUGCGUAUGGCAAGCAUAAUCCGAGGAAAAUGGUAAAAACAUGGGCUGAAAAGGAAAUGAGGAAUCUUAUGAGGCUGAAGGCAGCUGGAAUUAGAUGUCCAACUCCUCAUCUUUUGAAACUUCAUGUUCUUGUCAUGGAUUUCAUAGGCAAGGCAGGUUGGGCUGCACCUCGUCUUAAAGAUGCUGCUUUGUCUCUGGACAAGUUGCGUGAAUGUUAUCGGGAGCUGAUUAUUGCUAUGAGAACAUUAUAUCAGAAUUGCAAACUUGUGCAUGGAGAUCUGAGUGAAUAUAACAUACUUUAUUUCGAGGAGCACCUUUACAUCAUUGAUGUCUCUCAAGCUGUUGAUCUUGAUCAUCCUCAUGCUCUUGAUUUCCUGCGAGAAGACUGCCUUCAUGUUUCUGACUUCUUCAAGAAACAUGGCGUUGGUGUAAUGACAAUCCGGGAACUCUUUGAUUUUAUUGUUGAUGCAUCCAUAACUGAUGAUUCAGUGGAUUGUUAUUUGGAAGAGAUUCAGCAAAGAAUUUCGGCGAGAGGAAAUGUGUUAUCACCAGAAGAUGAAAUUGCGGACUCUGUUUUUAUACAGUCAUAUAUACCGAAGACACUAGAUUCGGUGACAAAUGUGGAAGAGGAUGUGAUUCGGAUAACAAGUGGGAAGGACACUGGAGACAUGUACUACAAGACUAUUACGGGUUUACAUCAGUCUCUCGCGAAGGAGGAAGCUAAUGCUAUAGAAAAGCCGACCGAUCCUGGCAAUAAUACAAAAGCAUGCGGUAGCGAGUCCACGUCCGAUACAGAUGAAGAUUCGGAAGGAAAUGAGUCGGCUUCCGAAACUGAGGUGCAGACUCCUGUUGACAAGAAGGCUGCUAGGAAGGAGAACAAAAAGAAGGUCAAAGAGGAAAAAAGGGAAGGGAGGAAAAAAAAAGUCCCCAAGGCUGUGAAGAAAAGAAGGGAGAAGUUGGCCAAAGCCCACAAGACUAGGUAGUCGUUUCAAGCAUGUUAUUGCUGUGCGUGUUUUUCGGCAUUUGUCAAUCGAGAGAGAGAGAGAGUGAGUCACUUAUAGGAUAAGUUUAAUUUACCAGAUGUGGAGAUGACUUUGCAAUUUUCAGCAGUAGCCCAGUUUUAGCUUUGAGGGCAAAGCGAGAGGGGAUAAUUUUAUGCUGUCUUGUAUUGUGUCAGGCUAUUGUUACAAGACGAUGCCGGUAUAGGCUUCCAAGCUAAAUUGUAUAGCAGUUUAUUUUUUUGCUAGUUAUUUUGAGGAAGGAGGUCUUGGUAGGAGUUUCUGUUUUUUUUUUUUUUUGGGUCGGAGUCUCGGUAGCAGUUGGCUAUGACCUAAUCGAAUCCCAGUUCCGAUCCACUAUCGUUAGUUAGAUACCUUCUGUAAUCUUAUUGAUUUAUUUUCACAUACCUUUGGGGGUGAGAGAAUGAAUAGAUUUUAUCUGUUUGAUUGAGAA